UUUUUGUUUGGAACUUUUGGAUACAACCGUUGCGAUGGGAUGUCAGCCACCGCGCUUAGUGGAUUUUUCCGGAAUCUGUUUUUCAUUUCUUUUUCUCUUUUUUUCCCUUUCUAAUUUUACUCAUGUCCUCCUCCACUCUCUGUAGACCCAGUGAUUCUCCGCUGUUUGACGUUUGCUUUUUGCCUCUUUGUUUCUCUUUAGGAGAGUGACUCAUUCCAGCUAUGUUAACAUGCUAGAGAAGAGAGCGAACGAAUGAGAGAGAGAGAGGGAAAGAGAGAGGGAGGGAGGGAGAGAAGAAAGAAGAGAACAGAAAGGAUAGAUGAUGGAAAGAGCAUGUUUCAACUUAAGGAAAGUCUGCAUAGAAUAGCAAUAGUUUACAGGCAGUGUGUUUGCUAAAGAAACAGAGAAAGGGAACAAGGGCGAGGGAGAAAGAGAGUUUAUGGGGAAAAUAAUGUAACGUAAAAUGAGGGAAUUAAACGAGUGAGGAGAAAAGCUUUGUUGUUGGGUGUGACAGUGUGUGUUGGAGUGUGUGUGAGACAGAAUUACUAAGAACUACAUUUAAGCAGAUGCAUUCUCGCACACACACACACACUCCAAGACUUGCGACUGAUGGCCUGUCAAACAAGCUCUGAGGAAUAACGCUGAGGGACUCCAGGAACAAGGGAUUCUUUUAGAAAGAGCAAGAGAAAGAGUAGAAGAAAGAAAGAAAGAAAGAAAGAAAGAAAGAAAGAGAGAAAGAGGAAGAUGAGGUACCUUGGCAGGGAGGUGGAUGUGGAGGGAGGUGUACGGUUGGUGAUGGAGAGCGCUCUGUCAGCGAGGGAUCGGGUGGGGGUCCAGGAUUUCCUGCUGCUGGAAAACUACACCAGUGAGGCAGCGUUCAUCGAGAACCUGCGCCGACGCUACAGAGAAAAUCUCAUAUACACAUAUAUUGGCUCUGUGUUGGUGUCGGUGAAUCCAUACAAAGAGUUGGAGAUCUACUCCAAACAGCACAUGGAGCGCUACAGGGGAGUCAACUUCUACGAGAUUUCACCUCACAUCUUUGCCUUAGCAGAUAACUCGUACCGUGCUGUGAGGACGGAGAGGAAAGAUCAGUGUAUUCUGAUCUCAGGAGAAAGCGGGGCAGGAAAAACAGAAGCGUCCAAAAAAAUCCUGCAGUACUACACCACCAUGUGUCCCACACGCAACAACACACACUCCAUCAGGGAGAGGCUACUGCAGUCCACACCAGUGUUGGAGGCUUUUGGGAACGCUAAGACUCUUCGCAAUGACAACUCCAGCAGGUUUGGGAAAUACAUGGAUGUGCAGUUUGAUUACAAGGGUGCUCCCAUUGGGGGCCACAUCCUGAACUACCUUCUGGAGAAAUCGCGUGUGGUGCACCAGAACCACGGAGAGAGGAACUUCCACAUUUUCUACCAGUUGUUGGAGUCAGGACACAGUGAACUGCUGAGGAGACUGGGCCUGGACAAGACCAACCCACAACAAUACCACUACCUGGUUAAAGGAAACUGUCCAAGAGUGAGCUCUAUCAGUGAUAAGAACAGCUGGAAAAUCGUCAGCAAAGCUUUCUCUGUCAUAGGCUUCAACGAGGAGGAGGUGGAGGAGUUACUGAAGGUUGUUGCUAGUGUUCUGCAUUUGGGAAAUACCCAGUUUGGAGAGGAUGAAUUUGGGGAGACGCACAUUACCACAGACACUCAAAUCAAAUUCCUGAGUGAGCUGUUGGGUGUGGACGGAUCGUUUCUAAGUGAAGCUCUCACUCAUAAGAAAAUUGUUGCCAAAGGAGAGGAGAUGAUCGGCCCACUCAGCCUCGAGCAGGCUCUCUCUGCUCGAGAUGCCCUGGCCAAAGCCAUUUAUGGCCGCACGUUUACCUGGCUCGUCCAGAAGAUCAACCAAUCGCUGGCCUUCCAGGAUGAAGUUUACUACACCAGCAAAUGCUCCUCAGUAAUCGGACUGCUGGACAUAUACGGCUUCGAGGUCUUUCAGAACAACAGCUUUGAGCAGUUCUGUAUUAAUUACUGUAAUGAAAAGCUGCAGCAGCUGUUCAUAGAGCUCACCCUGAAGAGUGAACAAGAAGAGUACGAGGCAGAAGGCAUUGGGUGGGAGUCGGUGGAGUACUUCAACAAUAAAGUCAUCUGUGACCUGGUGGAGGAGAAAUUCAAAGGCAUCAUCGCUAUUCUAGAUGAGGAGUGCUUACGGCCAGGAGAAGCCAGUGACAUCACCUUCCUGGAGAAGCUUGAGGACCGUUUGGGAGGCCACCCCCACUUUGUCACUCAUAAGCUGGCCAAUGGGAAGACUCGUAAGGCUCUGGGUCGCGAUGAGUUUCGGCUGCUGCAUUACGCAGGAGAGGUCAACUACAAUGUUAAUGGAUUUCUGGAUAAAAACAAUGACCUUCUGUACAGGAACUUGAAAGAGGUGAUGUGUCAGUCAGAGAAUCAGAUAGUGAAGGAAUGCUUCCAUACAGAUGAACUGACGGAUCAGAGAAGACCAGAAACAGCUGCUACUCAGUUCAAGCUGAGUUUGGCCAAACUGAUGGACAUUCUGAUGUCUAAAGAGCCAUCGUACAUCCGCUGCAUCAAGCCAAAUGAUGGCAAACAGCCAGGAAGGUUUGAGGAGGUGCUGGUGAGACACCAGGUGAAGUAUCUCGGCUUAAUGGAGAAUCUGAGAGUGAGAAGAGCAGGAUUUGCAUAUAGGCGGAGCUUCGAGGCUUUCCUGCAGAGGUAUAAGCCUCUGUGCCCAGACACUUGGCCAAACUGGCAGGGUAACCUGUCAGAUGGUGUGUCCACUCUAGUCAGACACCUCAAUUACAAACCAGAGGAGUACAAACUGGGCAGGUCCAAAAUCUUCAUCCGAUUCCCAAAGACCCUCUUCUUGACAGAGGACGCUCUGGAAAUCCGGAAACCAAGCAUUGCCAUCGUCCUGCAGAAGAACUGGAGGGGUUACAGAGAACGAGCCAAAUACCAUCGAAUCAGACAUGCAGUGAUCGUGAUCCAGUCAUGGUGGAGGGGAGUCAAAGGGCGCAGAAGAGCCACACGCCGCAGACAGGCUGCUGACACAAUCCGCAAUUUAAUAAAAGGCUUUAUUCUGAGGAAUGAGCCCCGUUGCCCCGACAACGAGUACUUCCUGGAUCACGUCCGUUUCUCCUUCUUGAUGACAAUCAAAAGGAACCUGCCAAAGAAUGUUCUAGACAGAACCUGGCCCAGACCCCCGCCUUCGCUCUCAGAGGCCUCGGUCCAUCUGCACCGCCUCUGUAUACGCAACCUGGUUAAUGACUACUGCAGGAAAAUCCAACCAGAAUGGAAGAACCAGUUGGAGCAAAAGGUUGUAGCCAGUGGCAUCUUUAGGGGACAGAAAGACAAUUACCCUCAAAGUGUCCCAAGACUGUUUGUGGGCACCAGACUAGAGAAUGAAGAGAUCAAUCUGAAGGUGCGGCAAACUCUUGGCAGUGAUAACAGAGUGAAGUAUGGGGUGGCAGUCACCAAGUAUGAUCGCCGCGGGUUCCGUGCACGGCCAAGACAGCUGCUGCUGAUGGCAACCGGAGUGAUUCUGGUACAGGAGUCCAAAAUCAAGCAGCGCAUCGACUACAGUUCACUACUGGGAAUCUCUGUCAGUUCUCUCAGCGAUGGACUUUUUGUCAUGCACGUUCCCACUGCUGACAGUAAGCAGAAGGGAGACCUGGUGCUGCAGUGUGAUCAUGUGAUCGAAGCCGUCACCAAACUCGCCAUUAUGGCGGACAAGAUACACAACGUCAACAUCAGUCAGGACAGUAUUAAGUUUGCAAUAGCCAGGGGCAAAGAGGGGGUGAUUGACUUCACCUAUGGGGCGGAGCUAAGAGUGAUCAAGACCAAAAAUGGACGCUUGGCAGUGACUGCCCCCCGAAUAAACAGCAACAGCAUUUAAUCAAGUGUCGACCAAUCACAGCUCACCAUGAAGAAGCUUUUUUUGCUGUGGGCCAGUCAUUUGCUGGAGGACAAUCUGCUUUAGCCAAUCACCAUAAAAAGCCACACCUCUUUUUUUUUAUUUUGCAGCUUACCUUUAAACCAAAACCACUUUUUAUGGACUACUGUUCUGUGCUGAAAUGAUAAUUAUGUUUGACAGUUUGUUUUAAAUGCGCCAUUUUUUUUUUUUUUGUCGCUGUUGAUUCACUUUCACAUUUAAAACAUUUAGUGUGACUAAUGAAAUGAAUUAUGCACUUAACAUUAUUAAUACUAGUACUGUUACAAUGAUUAGUUUAAACAUGUAAUCUUACAGUGUUAUUAUAUGGAGUUUGAUUCUUAAACUGACCAAAUGACCCAUUCAUUUCAAAUGCCCAGAAAAUGCCCAGAAAACUUCACACUAGUUUAGACAGAGGAAGAUCGCUCUCUGUUACAUGCCAGAGAAUCUCCUGUAGUACAGCAGAGCACGGCUCACUUCCUCUUUGAAUUGCCUUCCGCUCACCUCACAGUUUCCCAGUUCUCUAGGACCUCUAGAGAAUCUGAAAUGAAGAAUCAUGAAUUCUAGGUUGUGUAUAUUGUGUAUAGUUUAAUGUUGACACCAGUAUACCUUACAUACAUUCAUAAACUGCAACAUAUUAGACAAAAUCACUAUUAACAUUAACACAGAGAAACAUUUGUUUAUGUUACAAAUGCAAUACAGUUAUAUUGUGCAGAUAUAAUGAAAGUUCAAAAUAUAUUUUACACAGCAGGUAAAGGUACCCCAAAAUCAAUCUUUUUCAUUAUUUGUGACACACGGCAAUAAAAACACAUUAAAUCUGACAUUUACAUUUACUAUUAAAGUCUGAUUCAUAUGAGACCAUUUAUUCCUAUUCUUAAAGGUCUCCUUCCACUAAAAUCCCCUUUUUCUUGUUAUUUGUGAAAUACAGUAGGUCUCUCUGAGUUGUAUAUGAUGCUGCACAUGAAACUGUUUCUCAACCUCCAUUGUCUGCAGCAGCUAGUAAAAGAAUAUACUCUGAAAAUCGAGAAAGCUCUGUGUCUACGUCAACUCGUGAAUUAGUAUUUAUGACCUCGCCCAUCUUGGCUUGGGAACCGCCCACACAGAGCUGAAGCCUUGCUGCAGUAGAGCCGACACUGUCAGCUAAAGCGCUUGCAGCUUACGUUUACACCAGCUACUUAGCAUUAGCUAUCUUGUGCAAGUAACUGUAGGUUUAAAUUGGAUCGCCGGUUGAUUCCGCGUUUUACCAAGACCUUAAAUAUACACUAUUGAAGCACAGUUUGACAAGGUAGCACAACUCGACAUGAAGCAACUGAUCUGUCAGACACAUGCACUCCUUAAUAGGAUGCUGGUGAGGAUGAAACUAAAACUUCAUGGGAAGCGCAGCUCUUUUGUGAAUGCUCGUCAGUUUAGGAGCAUGAACUAUUCUAUUGUCAAAUAUUGGUGAUAUUAAAAAGACAGUGUGAACAGACUUAAAAUACAUCAGAUUUGCUGAAGAAAACCUGUUUUGGGCACUGUUAUUGUAGUCAAACCAAAUCAAAGUAUCUCUAUUUUUGCCCUCAUACAGUUGAUAUAAUGUGAGUCAGGCAGUUGUGUUUGAUUUCCACUGAAAAUUACGAAUGCUUUUUCCAUCUUCUAGGUGGUUUUGGCAUGACUGCGACAAAUUAUUCACAAAAAGAAUUCUUUCUCAUUAUUUUUUAAAAUGUUACCAGUUUCAUGAAGCAUCUUAGAAAUACAGUUUUUGCUGCACUACAUUUAGAACUCAUUCAAUCACAUGACCUUUUAUUUAUGCUGAUGGGGAAUAUAGUGUGAGAAAUGGCAGUGGAGGGCAGCACUGGUCAGAAACGGCCAACAGAGGAUAAUUUUUAAAGGGUCUGUAUGGUCAUUAAAACCUGGAAAAAUCAUGGAAUCUGAAACAGAUAUUUACAGGCCGGGAUACGUUUUGGAAAAAUAAAAAUACCCAGAAAGUUUUAGAAAAGUCAUGGAAAUUUUUGGGUUAAAAGGUGUAUGAACCCUGUUUAUAAAUAAAACCAUAUAAACAAGAAUCCAUUAUUCCCCAAUUACCAUACAAAUGCAAUAAAUGUUAAAAACAAGCAAUAUUAUUAACAACAUUUAUAACAAAGCUUACUUGAUAAGUAUUCAAUUUUACAACCUGUUUCCAUUUAAUCUGUCACUGUUACAAUCUGAGUUAUAAAUGUUUUAGGACAAUAUCUUUAAAAUAAUUUGACUCCAGAUCUGCCUCAGAACUGAACCAGUGGUUUUUAAAUUUUAUAUAUAUAAAGUAACAAAGAUAUUCAUCAACUGUGAGAACAACUGCUGGAAACUCAUUUCCGUGUAAUUCCUUAAAUAGCAUGUAUUCUCCAUCAAAUGAAAGGAUGCAAAUAUGUUAAAAAGGAAUCACAUUAUUUGUAAAUGUAAUGUUGAUUGAUUUUUCUGAAGGAAAAAAUAAUAAAUAAUAAAUUCACUCAAAUGAA